AUGCUUCGCAGCCUAGCUUUGACAAUCAUCUGGAUAUGCUUCACUGUAUUGGCAGAGACUAGGCCCUCCUUCGAGGAUGAUUUUCAAGAAUUUGGUAGACAUACAAACCAAUCACUACUAUGGGCCCCAUACCGAUCCAACUGUUACUUCGGAAUAAGGCCCCGAUUUGUCAACGAAAACCCCCUGAUGAUGGGACUCAUGUGGUUUGAUGCGUCUGAGCCACAGGGGUUGAACCAGUUGAGACAUUUCGUCGACAUAGGCGACAAGCUUGAAAAGUACAGCUACGAAAGGUACGACCCAAGAUUAGGUGGCAAGGAAGUGAUAAUAGAUAGGGAAAACAACCUGAACUUGACAAUUCAUUUUGCGAAGAGUAGGAAUGGUGAAAAUUGGGGUGCAAGAAUCUCUGGAGAGCCUUUAGAUCCAACGAAGACUAAAGUGCCCUCGCUGGUAAUGUACUUCAGUCAAAACGGUCCGGCGGGCAACCUAGGGAGAGAUUCCACUACACGUCAAGACAAAAAUGGCAUAUAUCUUGAGGGCUCUGCUCCAGAGCUUGGCGCGUACGACAUAAGAAUAACUGACAAUUCUGGCGAGUAUUACAGCGGGGGCCCUGCUUCAGAAGUUAAUGGCGACAGCACAAAGCCAUCGCACAUUUCGUUUACAGUGCCAGAUGACCAGGUAUGGAAAGCCCGCGACAUUUUCCAAACGAUGUUGACAGAGUCUAUACAGCAGAUAGUGGCAUCGGGCAAGAAGAUAAAUCCUAUGUCUUUGCCAUCUGCAUUGAUGUUGAGAAACACCAACAACUUCCCGCCUGGCAGUUUUCAUUUCGUUCAAAAAACUUUUGAUUUUAAAGAACCCUUCGAAUUCGAUAUCAUAUUCAACAAGAAGGGCUCAAAGCAGCGCAUAAGCUCUAGGAAUGAAUUCUCAACUUUGAUCUCUUGGACCAUGAGCGAACUCGAAGUACGUUUCAACAACAAAUUUUCCAUAAAAGACCUGAAUCUCAAGCAAUUUGCAGAGGAGACCCUGGCAAAUCUGAUGGGAGGGAUAGGUUAUUUUUAUGGUACUCAAAUGGUUGACCGCACUACAGAAUUUGAUGAAGAACAGUUCGAAAAAAUUGAGCUCAAGGCAGCUAAAGAGGAGGGACCAUUGCAACUGUUUAGUUCGGUGCCCAGUAGGGCCUUCUUUCCCCGGGGGUUUUAUUGGGAUGAAGGGUUCCACCUGCUGCAAAUGAUGGAAUAUGAUUUCGAUCUAGCACUAGAAAUUUUACAGAGCUGGUUCGCAUUGAUCGAAGAUGACAGUGGAUGGGUGGCACGAGAACUGAUACUUGGCAGCGAAGCUAGGAGCAAGGUCCCUGAAGAAUUUCAAGUUCAAAACCCUAACAUUGCAAAUCCUCCAACUUUGCUGUUAUGUUUCAGCGAGAUGUUGGCCCGAGCUCUCGAAUAUCAAGAGUCAAUAAACAAAGAACCAGAAGAUCACUCAUUCACUGCAUCCAAUACUGAUGAACUUCUAAAGCGUCCUGAGCUUUUGACUUUGUUUGCCAAGAAGGUUUACCCUAAGCUUCUAAAGCACUACGAAUGGUGGACCAACAGUCAAAGAGGAUUCAUUGAGGAGUACUUGGAAGUCCUCCACAACGAUGUUCAUCCAGAGGAGGCAUUCAGAUGGGUUGGGAGAACUUUCACACACUGUUUACCUAGUGGUCUUGAUGACUAUCCCCGUGCUCAGCCUCCUGAUGUUGCAGAGUUGCAUUUAGAUGCCCUUGCUUGGGCUGGUGUUAUGACAAGAUCAAUGAAGCAGAUAUCAAAGGUUCUAGACAUGCCGGAAGAGUUUGAACGGUUUUCUCAGACAGAAAAGAAAAUCAUUGAUAAUUUAGACUACAUCCAUUGGAGUGAAGAAGAUCACUGCUAUUAUGAUGUGACGAUCGAUGACGACAAAGACGAAUUGCGUCAAUUUGUGCGCCACGAGGGCUAUGUCUCGUUAAUGCCCUUCGCACUAAAACUCGUUCCUAAAAAGUCCGAUAAGCUAAAAUGGUUUUUAAAUUCAAUGGGGGACAACGAGAAGUUGUUUAGCGAUUACGGCAUCCUCUCACUGUCCCGGAAAGACGAGGUUUUUGAAACUGGAGAGGUAUACUGGAGAGGUCCAGUUUGGAUCAACAUGAACUACUUGCUUUUGGACAGCUUAGUCUUUUAUUUCCAACAAGGCGGCGAUGAGCAGGAUUUAGAGACGGUGCAAAAAGCUCAAAAGCUAUACAGUGACCUUAGGACUAACUUGAUAGCAAACAUGUACCGUGUGUGGGGUGAGGACGGUUACGUAUACGAGAAUUAUAAUCACGACACUGGGAAGGGGACUGGUGUACAGCACUUCACUGGGUGGAGUUCGUUGAUUGUUAACAUUUUGGGUAUACUUCCAGAACGAUUGUAG